AUGAUAAAGAACGGACGGCAGAAGAACGGCAUUGGCUGUCUCCUUAUUUCUAUUUACCCUUUCAUAAGAGCUUGGUUUAACUUUCACCACAUCCUCCCCACUGUGGGCAACUUCAGAGUCCACCCAAUGCCUUCAAAUCCAGGCCUUGAACAAGCAAUGGAAACCAUCAGGCGAGAAGGGACACAAAGCCAGAUGAAUCUGGAGCGCUCCAAGAGCAGGAUAGGAACAGAUGCUGGGACAGCUGCUGAUGCAUUACCAGAAGAAGGACCAUCUUCAGAUGUCCCAGAUAUCUUGGCUAAAAGGAAGAUUAAGCCACCUCUCUCUGACCUAGAUAUUCCCUAAAGACAUAGUCCAGUGAGGAGCCUUGCAUCACUUGAUAUUUGU